AUGGCAGAUGGGGCGCAUGCCAGCCCCAAAGGGUUCAGGAAGAAGGUGCUGGUUAGAUGCCCCUCUGGGCAGAGGGGCCCGAGCCUCAGGGCCUCCUCUCCUUCAAGAACCUCCAGGUCUACCCUGGGUAUGAAGAAGUUCUUCACCGUCGCCAUUCUGGCUGGCAGUGUUCUGUCCGCAGCCCAUGGAAGCCUGCUCAACCUGAAGUCCAUGGUGGAGGUCAUCACCGGGAGGAACGCCAUCCUGUCCUUCGUGGGCUACGGCUGCUACUGCGGGCUGGGAGGCCGCGGCCGGCCCAUGGACGAGGUGGACUGGUGCUGCCACGCCCACGACUGCUGCUACCAGAAGCUCUUCGACCUGGGCUGCCGCCCCUAUGUGGACCACUACGACUACACCAUCGAGAAUAACACCGUGAUAGUCUGCAGCGAGCUCAACAAGACGGAGUGCGACAAGCAGACCUGUGCAUGCGACAAGGACGUGGCUCUGUGUCUCCAGAGCCAGGUGUACAGGGAGGAGCUCCGCGGCUACCUCAACAUCUACUGCCAAGGUCCCCAGCCCAACUGCAGCAUCUACGAGCCUCCUCCUGAGGAGGUGGCCUGCCCACCGGGCUCCCUGGGCACCCCUGCCCCACUCUAG